CCGUCAGUAGAUCGGGGCCUGGUGCGGCCUGUGAGAGACUGAGGGAGGCCAUUGCGGCUGGAGAGUCUGGGGAGCCUCUGGAGGGAACGAGCGCCGCUGCCGCCGCCGCCAACGAGUGCGCCUCCCUGAGCGGGUGUCGCGGAGAUCUUGGAAACUGUGUUAGAUCCUGGGACAUAAACCACAUGACACUACAUCAUGAGUGAGAGUAAAUGUGAUAGUCAGUUUUACAGUGUACAAGUUGCAGAUUCAACGUUCACUGUACUAAAACGAUACCAGCAAUUGAAACCUAUUGGGUCUGGGGCGCAAGGCAUUGUUUGUGCUGCAUUUGAUACAGUCCUUGGACUAAAUGUUGCUGUAAAGAAACUGAGUCGCCCUUUUCAAAACCAAACACAUGCAAAACGAGCCUACAGGGAACUUGUACUCUUAAAGUGUGUCAAUCAUAAAAAUAUUAUUAGUCUAUUAAAUGUAUUCACACCACAGAAGUCACUAGAAGAAUUUCAAGAUGUGUAUUUGGUUAUGGAACUGAUGGAUGCUAAUUUGUGCCAAGUUAUUCAUAUGGAACUGGAUCAUGAAAGAAUGUCCUACCUUCUAUAUCAGAUGUUAUGUGGUAUCAAACAUCUUCAUUCAGCUGGUAUCAUCCACAGAGAUUUAAAACCCAGCAAUAUAGUAGUAAAGUCAGAUUGUACUCUUAAAAUCCUUGACUUUGGACUGGCAAGGACAGCUUGUACUAAUUUCAUGAUGACUCCAUAUGUGGUUACACGAUAUUACAGAGCACCGGAAGUUAUUCUUGGCAUGGGAUACAAAGAGAAUGUGGAUCUCUGGUCUGUUGGGUGCAUAAUGGCAGAAAUGGUCCUCCAUAAGGUCCUGUUUCCAGGAAGAGAUUAUAUUGACCAGUGGAAUAAAGUUAUUGAACAGUUAGGUACACCAUCAACAGAAUUUAUGAAGAAACUACAGCCUACUGUGAGGAACUACGUAGAAAACAGACCAAAAUAUCCAGGUAUUAAAUUUGAAGAGCUCUUUCCAGACUGGAUAUUUCCAUCAGACUCUGAUCGUGACAAAUUAAAAACUAGUCAGGCUAGAGAUUUACUAUCAAAAAUGCUAGUAGUAGAUCCAGACAAACGAAUUUCAGUAGAUGAAGCGUUACGUCACCCCUAUAUCACUGUUUGGUAUGAUCCAGCUGAAGCUGAAGCUCCACCACCUCAAAUCUAUGAUGCACAGUUAGAAGAAAGAGAACAUGCAAUUGAAGAAUGGAAAGAACUAAUUUAUAAAGAAGUAAUGGAUUGGGAAGAAAGGAAUAAGAAUGGUUUAGUAAAAGAACAACCUUCAGAUGCAGCAGUGAAUAGCAAUACCAGCCCUUCUCAGUCAUCAUCAAUCAAUGACAUUUCAUCCAUGUCAACAGAACAAACACUGGCUUCAGACACAGACAGCAGCCUUGAUGCUUUGACAGGAACACUUGAAGGAUGCCGGUGAUCAUGUCCGAAAAUUGAACAUUGGGAAUUAUUUUUUAUUUCUCUUGGGCCUGAAUUGCUUGUAAGUUUCAUGGAACCAAGUAGGAAAAAAAAACCUCCAUGUUCUGCAUGUUCUUCUAAAAUAAUGCCUGUGACUUUACUCAGUUGCCACAAGACUGUCUGCUUAAUAUUGUAGAACGAAAGCAACUUUGUAUCUCAAGGCAACACAAAUAUAGGCAUUACUGUAACUUAUUCUAUUUUGGCCUAUAUCAGGUGAGCAGUUAAAAUAACUCCAAGCUUAAAGGAGUUCCUGGGCAUUUGGCCAGACUUCUGAAACAUGCACAUAGUCAAUAUAAUUUUUUAAAGCCAUUGUAAAUGUUGUUGAAUGUAUAUCCUCUUUCUUAUCAAUAUGAUUACAGACAUCUGACAUAUUAAUGUAUCUUGCUGGUACUCUCAGUACUGUAAAAUAUAGAUGCAAUUGUGUUUGUGCAUAGCACUCUUUUCUUGAGGCCUUUUUCUCACCAUCCCCAAAUAAUUUUGUAUACCUUUCCAUGGAAGAAACAAACUUGUGAAUUCUUAUUUCAUCUCUACAUCUGAAUGUAACUGCUUCUCUGAAUGUGUUCUUCCAGUGCUCUUAUUUUGGAGUAGGUGGAAUAAGUUUUAAAAAAUGGUAGUGUAGGAGUUUUUCUUAACUGCAUGAAUUUAUGAAUUAGUGCAUUUCUAAAAUAGGGUAUUUUGGUCUUUUUAAAGUGAUUCAUGACACCUGUAAAAAUCCUUGCCUGCUCCUUCUCUUACAACAUUGCCAUGUAAAAUCAAAUCAAAUAUUGAAUUAUGCUGUAUUUUUGAUCCCUUGAAUAGGCAUACAUAUUCCUACUGAGAGUAUGGAUGUUUUUCUAAGGGACCACUAUGUUAUGUAAAGUAUAUAAACACUUUAAUUUGGAUCUAAAAUACAUUAACACUCAGAAUAUAUUAUAAAGGGUGAUGGAUCUUUAAAAAGAGUGUUCUAGACUCUGUACCAUAUGAGAAAAGACUUAAUAAGAUUUUAAAAAUGUAAUUGCUUCCUCACCUUUCUUUAGCAACUCUGAUGACAAACACUAGCCUUCAGUCGGCUUGAAUCUUUUCAGUUGUCUCCUAGCUCCAUAAAUGAUUGUUACUCAAAAGCUAUUUGUAAGUGGGGUAGCACUGUGCAUUACAGAUACGAUAGUUGUAGUUUGCCUUUGUAAUUUCUACACUAUGGUGGCCCUAAGGCCAUAUAAUGGCAUGAUUUGUUCAGAGGUUUGCCAUUGCCUUCUGAAGCAUAGACAGUGUCAUUUGCCGCAGAUCUCCCAGUGGGUUUUAUGGGUAAAAAGAGAUUUAACCAGGAUCCUCCAGAGUUGUAAUCCAGUGCUCAAACACCACACAGAAUCCUUAUGGAUGUGAUAGUGGCUGGCAAAAGUUGAAAGACAAUCCUAAAUUGUUCAUCUGAGGUUUAUCACAAAAUCCAGAAAAAAUGAAGAUUUCUGGAUUAUCAAGGACAUAUGUAUGUCCCACAAGCAGAAAAAGGUCUAAAGGCAGAUUGCAUAUCCCACAUUCCUGCUCUGGCACCAGCACUUUACUAACUGCACGGUCUUAUACAUGCUUACUUUAAAAUACAUUUCAUUGAAUAAUGGAUCUUAUUAUGUCAAUGUAUAGGAUUGCAACAUAAUUAGUCUUGUAUAGUGUGAGCUUUCUUUGGCAACAACUAUUACAACAAAUCUUUCAGUCUGGUCCAGGAGGCUGUUGCAUGUGCUACUCUUUAAGUUUCCCUCUUAAUUAGCUCUUGAGUCUUAGGACUAUUUCAAAUAUUGAUAUAAAUCAAUUAAUACCUUAUCACUUCAAAAUUGCAGAUGAACAUAUGAACUUCACUGAAAUGCUGUAAUUGAGAUAUGAGUGAACAUGAAAUAUCUGUUUAUGGUGGCUAUUUAAUAUAUGCAAUCCCUGAGUUCUUGGCAUUUGCUGCCUUCCAAAGCACAUUUACCCAGACAUUUCAUAAGUUUUAGUAGAACUUAAUUGCAGGUAAAUGUGUUCAGGAAGGUUUUUUUUUAAAAAAAAAAUAAUCUUAAACACAUUCAUUUGCAAUUAAAGUCCUUGCAGAACCCAAACCCGUUAUUUUUAAAGUGUGUGUGGUUACAACUUUUCCUUCUUGAUACAGUUUUUGCACAUCACACCUCACCUUUAAGAUUCCUGACUUUUUCUGAUGAUGGAAGGGAUUACAGCAGAGGGAAGCUGGGAAGUGAAAGCCCUUGUGCACUUUUUAAAGUAGUUGUGUAGCCCUGUGGGUUAUGGAUAUUAUAUAGUAAGCUAUUACAUGUAUAGCAGAUUAUAUAAAGAAAAAUAAUGGACAAAUAUAUACCAACCAAUACAAAGAGGUCUUUCACACAAAUUGCAACUUAGUGAUGGAUCGAAUAAAGAGAGAAGAAAUGAGAAAAGCAGAGAACAAAUCAGUUAAUAAGAUCUUUAUUAAGAUGUCAGUAUGUUUGACAGCUUGGCCUUAAACUUUGAUUUCUAAUGUUGCCUGGAGUUCUACUGGCAGAGCAUUUCAACAUGUUUUCCUAACAGAUUCCUUUUCUUGAAAGGACAAAGUACAUGGCAACAAUAGUUGGACUUUAGCAGUUUAUAGUAUGACAAGAUGUGAAGGACAUCAGGCACCUCUGGAACUUGCUUGCUUCCUUCCCAUCUCCCCACCCCCUCCCCUUCCUGCAUGGGUAAUGGAAGGUAUCUAGACUCUUCCACUUGAAAUAUUAAUUAAUUAGUUUGUCAUAUUGUCUGGUAUAAAUGACAUUGACAAACUUAGACUAUUUUCAUUUCAAAGGAAACUGGCUUGAAGGACUAGGCAUAGUUACCAGGAUUCCCAGUUCAAGCAACAUGGGAAGCUGCAGGAAAUGAAAGUUUCUGAACGAGAAGAGGCUAGGCUAAAUCAUGUCUUGCCCAAUUCUGAUUUUUGUAGGAGGUCCUGUUGUGGCCAGAGAAGCCUUCGUUUUGCCAGAUCUUAUUACCAAACAGAAAAUAACUACUUUCCUCUUAAUAUCUUGAGGCAAAUAUAACAAAUUGGUUAUAUCUGCUGGUUUAAUGAUGUUGCUCUACACUCAUUUGACUUUCACAACCCUUUAGCAUGUUGACUAACAGCUGUGUGAAAGCUGUUGCAGACUAACUUUCAGCCAAUCCUAAUUGUUGUUGUUGUUGUUGUUUCUGUUUAAAAAAAUCUUCUCAAUUAAAUGCAUUGUAGUUAUGUACCUAACCUAAAACUGAAAAAGGAAACUCUGUUUCACUGACAUCAAUCUUGUCAUAAUUCAAUUCGGAAAAAUAUAAAUGUCAUACGUAUGUUUAAAUGUAUGUGAUUUUACAUGCUAAGAAGAGUUUCAAAGUUUACAUUGUAUGUCCAGAACCACUAUAAGAGUGAGUACUGUACUGGGACUAUUUUUUACUGUGAGACUUUCAAAGAUUGUGUUUGUAUACUUUCUAUAAAGUAUAUAGUCAUCGUAUUGUCUCAUUCUGUUUGUACUGUAGUGCCAAGUGAUAGUUGAGCGUGGAAUUAUUUACUUUGUUUUUGAUACAAAAUUGAUACUUUUAUUUUCUCAAGUGGUGACUCAAGGACACAACACAACAUUUUGGUGAAUGGAGGCAGAAAUACUGGUGGAUGCUCUGGAGAUUAUAUGAAUGCUGGCGUGUUUUUGCAGUUAGCAGGGGUCAGAUUUGUUCUGUUGCAGCUUUAGGUCCCAGGAAAUUCACACCACACAAAUUUAAUUUAAUUUCUAGAACUGUUCCUGCAUUCUGAGUGUCUAAGGAAAGUGGAGAGCAGUAGUUAUUAAGUGAUGCCUGAAACAUACCCUGCCUGUGCUUCACAUAUUAUGAGAGUUCUUUCUGAUAUUGAAGCAGUCCUUAGCUGUGUCUUCAUUGAGAGUCAGUAAUGAGGUUACUUCUCAAUGUUUCACAAAGUUUUAUGAAGAGUUGUGAGUCAAGUGUUGUUUAAAAGGAAAGUGAAGAGGAAAACUAGUGGAUUCUGACAUAGAAAAUUGUAUAAUGUAGCUUUGGUUAUAGUUUAUCGGCCACAUACAUGGGUAGUACUAAAAUGUCUUAAGUACAGGAGUGCUGGAACCUCAGGUCUGUAGGGAAGAUUUGACAUCUAAGUCUUUAAUUAUAAUACUGGGAGGGCGGUGCAAUUGUUCAGUGGUGAGGGAAAUGCUCUGCAUAUACUUAAAGGUGCAUUCCACGUGAUCAGCUGUUCUUUUUGUUUAAGAAUCCUGUGUGGCAGUCAUUUACAGUUUUAUCUUAUGCUGUAUUUGCUUGACUUUAACCCUAUUGAACACUGUAAGACAUACUUUGGAGUAAACAUGCAGUUGAUUGCGCAGUUAAUGUUUCUCAGCUGUAAAACUGGACCUCUAGCCUCUAUAAAUGUUUUUAAUUUAGUGUUGGUAUAACUGAUUUAUUUAUGGCUUGACUCUGCUCUUUUUUGAAGUCAGCUUCUUGCAUGAGCUUCUAGUUGCAAUUUCUGCAUGUGGUGCACUGAAUCUAGAUGUGUAUGCUUCCACCAUUAUACACUAGACCAUGUCGUCGUACUGUGUUCUAGAUAGGAUUACCAGCUGAAAAACAGCACAGGGCUCCUAUACCUUUAAGAGAUGUUAAGAAGAAUAAAUUGGGCAGGUGAAGCUUGCAUACGAAGCAAUAUCUAUAGAAAUUCCCUUUUCUACACAGUUAUAGAAGGUACAGUCACCUGCCCUGUUUUUCACCUGGUGACUCUAUCUAGAGUCUGAAACUACACAUUCAUGCAAAGAUCUAUUCCCAUUUUUCCUUCUGACACAUUGGAAAGUAUGCAGUUAUUCACUAACACACCUCAGAAGCAAUGAAGGGCUUGUCUUUACUGUAUGAAAGUUGAAGUGUAUCACCUAAAUCAAAAAUUGGUCAUUUCUGAGGUCUUUUGUGGGGUAAAUGCCCAUUUUAUUAUCUGAACAACAUGAAACAUACUGGUGCCAGCUCAAUUAUGGGAUGUACGUAUUUAUUACAGAGAGCCUCACAUGCUGGGCUGCAUUUGGAUGUCAUAAACCAUGUUAUAGUAACAAGCUAGCCUUCCACCAGGCUGACACAUUGCUUUGCCCUCUCCCCUCCACAAUAGCUGAGAGAAGGAAUUAAAAACUUUUGUUUCUGUGUUUGUAGCUUUCUGCAUUGACUGAACUACAGAUUGUUUAACCACAAUUAUUUAAGCUAAUAUAAUGAAUCACAGACCGUUAUUUUGGCAUCACGAAAUAAGCUGUAUCUAAUCAAAGUUCAAGGCACAAAUUUUUCACAUACUUGAUGCAUGGGCCAAAGAGGACACAAGAAAACCAUACUCUGUCUCAAGCUUUUCUGUAUUACUUUUAUUAUAAAGCCUGGGAGAAAGCAGUGGUUGCUUUUGUCAGAAUGAACAGUAGCCCAAAUGCAGCCACUGUCAAUAUGGCAAAAUACUACCUUGUGUCUCUUGUUGCACCAACACCCAUUGUCUUCCUGUUUAAAACUUAGUCCAAUUCCUUCCUUGUAGAUAGAGGCCAUUUUAAAAUGACUGCAGCCUCAGAAAAGUGGGAGUUGAGUGGCCACUUGGGAAGGAAUGGGAUGGUAAAGGAGAGGGGAAAGGCAGUGUGAGAGGGAAAGUGUAAUGAAGGCAUGGGGAGGUGGAAAGGAGCUAUGAUUGGGAAACCAGUCCAGAGAGAGUUGGGAGGGGAGGCAAUAGAGAGGUUUGGAGAAAGGGUGGAAGAUAGCUGGGGCAAUAGGACAGGGUGGGGAAAAGUAGAGCUGAGGUGGCAAAAGAGUGUGAAUUAUAGAAACCAGAGGUGGAAGACUUUGUCAAAGCACUGCAGAGCUACCACCUCUAGUUUCUCUAAUUCACAAAGUUGAAUGACCCUUUCAAGAUAGCAACAGCAGCAGCAUAAGAGGCUCAAGGUUAUGUGUAAAAUAUAAACAGUGAGAGAUAACCCCCCCCCCCCUUACUCUUUAUUAGUUCAAAAACUUCCAUUUUGUGAUAGUGCCGUAGCCCUUUCCCCCCAAAUAGUACUUGUAUUCACAGACUGAAAAGGUUGGGCACCUCUUAAACCAUUUUUUAAAAACCGAGACUAAAAUGAUGGGCAUCUUAGUGCUUAACAACAUUUUUAAAGAAAAAGUUCUAUAAGUAAAUUAAAAUAUUAUUCUGUGUGCCUAGUUUUUCCAUUUAGUAAACCUGGACUAUAUUCAUUAAGGAAAUUCAAUUCAACCAUGGAAACUCAGUCGAAGCCCUUCCACUAAGUUUCCAUGGUCGAAUUGACCUUAAUGAAUAAUAAUCAUAAAAAUAAGUGUUAUAUAUUGUCAAUUGUCAGCAUCAAAUUAAGUAGAAUUAAAAGAUUAAAAGAUACUCAAACUUGCAAGAUGUUUUUUUUCAGAGUAUUUAAUGUUAUUCAGAUAAAUCAAAUUACUAUUCCUUUGACCAGUUUGUAUGGCAUUGAUUAAGUGUCACUUGAUGGUUAAGAAAAUAAAUCCAGCCAUAACAGGAAGAGACAAGUAGUAAAAUACAUGAUUUCAAUGGUCAACUGCUGUAAUUUAACCUCAGAUAAUUUUCUGGUAGCAUUAUAUCUGUGCCUGCCUUAGAAGAGAAAAUGGUUUAAUUCUAUCUUUUUUUCAUAUAAAUAAAAAUCUAACUAUUGUCAUUGAAUAAUUGUUAGGACUAAAAUCUAAAACUGGAGCAUAAAUUUUGCACUGAUUUUAUCGUCACAAAAGAAUGUAAGUAUGAUAGAACAUGCAUCCAUUCUAUUCUUAAUGGUCUCAUAAGGGCGUUUAUAUUUCAGAAGGGUAAUUUCUUAUUUAGUAAAUUAUAUAUGGUAAAUAUUUUCUGCCUUCUGUAGUCUGGCGUGUUCUAGUUGCUUCAGUGUUCAUCUUUCUAGAAGUUACGCGUGUUGAUGUAAGUAAUGGAGUUUGUUUUCAAAUCAUAAAUCCCCAUCGUGACCACUAUAGCAUAUUGUGAGAUGCUUAAUAGACAUAAUGUGCCAAUAGUAAAUUGUAUUUCCUGUUCUUAACUGCUCACCUGAAGAAAUUUUCUAGUAACAUGUUCAGAUUCUAUACUCUACAUAUUACUUUAAAUAUAUAUUGAGUAGCUGAAUAGCAUUGCAGAAAUGGAAUAGAUGUAUGAGGUGUUUAUGCAUGUGCCCUUGUCACUGGUUUAGAAACAUUACAAAAUUGGAAGUUACCCAUUUCUCAGUCUUGGUUGUUGGAAGUGCUCUGAAGAGAUUACUUCAUGUGAACAUGCAUAUUUAUGAUUAAUUAUGUAAGGGAAGCCAUGUGUCUGCUGUGCACAAACCACGAAUAAAUAACUGAGAACUGAUGGUGGGGGAUACAUUUCAGGAAGCAGUAAACAUGAGGCACACAGGGCUUUCUCUGGGGAAAUGCAUGAAAUGUCUCCCUUCGCAUGCUGUUGCAAUGUAAGUGCAAAGGAAGCACAAAUCACCAAUGCUUCUGCUGCUUCCUAUUAAUGUAUGAGAAAGCCCUGCAUUCUGAGGCUUAUACAAAGCCUUUGGAAUAGUGCCAUUUUAUUUUAGAAAGAAUUGUUUUUUAAAAAAUGGCUGAUAAAAUCUAAUUUAAAGGGGUUAUUUGUGUACCCAAAUACUGACUUAUUUGGGCAUCCAUAUGCAUCGUAUUCAGCUGAAAACAAGUACUUUUACUGAUCCAUCUUUUCAAACUUCUUGUUGCAGAAUGAGAUGCUUAGAUUUAACAUUUUAAUUAUGUUUACAUUUGUUUCAUUGGAAAGUAUGUAAAUUUCAAGAGAGGGGCUAGGAUUAGAUUGGUGAUUUAGCUUGAGUUGCACCCAAUGUGCCUUGGCUCUCCUUUUUCCAUUGAAUAAUAGACCAUGUUCCAUCUUACAAAGUGUUUCAUGCAACAAUUCUCCGAUUCAGAAGAUACUUCCAUGUACUAGAGCUGUAAACUAUAUCAAAACUCCACUAGGCAUGACAUUCUUUGGAUCCAGGCCUAAUGCAGUUAAAAAUAACAACAUGGAUCUAAAGCUCUGGGCCAAAAUUACCACCUUUCAGGAAAAUAAUGUCAGUAUUUGUUGUGCUAAAACAUUCUAAACUUCAGCAUUUAUUGAUUGGCACACUGAUUUUACAAAAUUAAUGGCAUUCUUUACACAUGCCUGAAAACUUCCUUCCAAAUGGGGACACAGCUUUUUGACCAUGCCAAGUGGAAUACAGAUUCAGUCUUACAGCAAUAUAGUUUUACGUUAGGUGGCUGGAUUGUAAAAAAAAGGUACAAAACUGUAAAUUAAGGAGUUUUCAUUAACUCUUGUCAGUCCAGUAUUGGUGGUGUCUGUAAAAUUCUGCAUAUAGAUGAAGCAAUUGUAUGUAGUAGGGAAAUGAUCUGGGCUUGAUGCUACAUUUAGUUGAUACUGUAGGAGUCGGAAUAUGUCCUGGGAAAUUGUGAAUGUGUGUACUUAAGAGAUUUUUUUUCAAAACUAAUGCAGUGUGCAUAUCUGUUGCUGUAUACAUAAGCUGAAUUCAGGUUAAGCUCCCUGAGCUCUCUCUCUGAUAAUUGAUUUCAUUAUUUUGUCACAAAUAUUGCACAAUCACUAUUUAUAUGUUCAGGUAUAUAAGACAGUGAAACAACAUUUUAAUGUAAUUUGUUUGGUUUAUUUUUCUUUAGUACAGUUGCUUAGGAAACAUGUUUACUAUGCAUGUUGUGAAUUUUGCCUCCAAAAUAAUGGCAAGGCAUCUUUUCAUAAUAUAUGUGCAAGACAAAAAAAAACAUACUUCAUUUUUAGCUAUAAAACAAUUGUAUUUUAUAUAUGUUGUUGUAGUUCUGAUGAUGGAUUUCAGUGCCAUUGACUCAUUGUGGAUAUUUUAGAUAGGUCUGGUUCCUAUAUUUCAAAUCUUUUACAAAUUUAAAAAAUAAAACAAAAAACUACUACUUUGGAAGUAGUUCUUUUCAUUGGUUUCUAGAAUUCCAAAUUGAACUAAUUCCAAAGCUGAAACCUAAACAUGUUUAAGAUUUAAAUUGUUGUGUAUUUAAGCUUUUAUUAUUUUUCCUUCUGUUAUAAGUGCUGCUUAGUUUUUUUCAAAAGAGUGCCUGCAUUUUUGCACAGCAACCUGUAUUGUUAAUUGUUUUUUGAAGCACCUUUAGAGUCUUCUGAUCACAACCAUGCCUUCUUUCUGUGCUGUUACAUUAAUUUUAUACACUAAAACUGGAGAAACAGCCUAGCACAAGCACAGCCCCUGUUUAUGGCAGGAUUCCCAUGGCACAUAAGUGUACCACCUUGUUCCAUUCACCUGCAUUGUGUUUGUGUUAGGCUUGUAUAGAGGUUCUCACCAGCUUGCUCCUUUUGCUCAGCUAAGGAGCCCAACCUUGGAGCUUAUUUGCUUUCCCCAAAUGGAGUAGAAAACAUGAUGAAAUAGAAAGCAUGCAGCGGCCUCCUUUACCUAGAAAAGCUGGUACGCUGACUGUCCACAAUCAUUUGCCUGUACAAUGGAAAGAGGGAGCUAAAAAUAGGACUCCAUUCCUAUAAGGGUCCUUCUGUGCAUUGGAAGGCUUCUUGUGGUCUUUGUUAACCUCAUUUCUCUUGGGGCUUGAGGGAUGGAGGUAGGAAAUUGAAGUUUAUGAUUUGAAAUUAAUCUUUAGGCACACCUUUUAUGAAUUAAAACACAGCAUAAAAUAGUUCCAACAGACCUCACUACCUCUGAGGAUGCUUGCCAUAGAUGCAGGCAAAACAUCAAGAGAGAAUGCCUCUAGACCAUGGCCAUGCAGCCCGAAAAAACCUACAACAACACAGCAUAAAAUAGGUUUGAAAUAUCUGUUUCUGAAAUGCAAAACUAAAAUCCCAAACUCCAUUCUGCUAAGUGCUUUUAAAAUCUGUCUGCACUUUUGUGAAGUUUAACUGUGAGCUUCUUACAUUGAUUCCCAUGAGUCUUAAGUGCUUGAUGGCUUUCUGGCUUAGACUAGGAAUGGCGGUGCUACUGAUCAGAUCCUUCGUUUGAUUUUUUUUUGUUUCCACGUUAAAAUUUAGCUAUGCAUCACAAAGUAGCUUUUCAAUAUUUGUAGCAUGCAGAUUCCCGCAAAAAGUUCUACAUGUUAUAUAGACAGUGGAUGCCAUUUAUGAGAAGCCUUGAUGGUUUCAGCAUUUAUAUCAAAAGUGCAUGAAUUUCUGCAGAUGUCAGGCUUAGUGCUGCUGUGGGUGUCUUCGAGUGAAAUACGAUAGACAGCUUAAUCACAUUCUUCACGUUCUUGAUGAAAGUCAGUUAUGUACAUUAAUGAGGGCCAUAUUUGAUUGCUGAAGGAACAUGUAUGAGUAGUGGAAUUGUGUCUUUUCAGAUUUUUCAUAGCCGAUUCUACAUUGAGGUGCUAUAAUCUUCUAGAGAAAAAGUGGUGAAUGAAAAAGAAAUCUGCACACUUUUUAAUGACUUUUUGAUUACUAGAUGACUUUUUUCAACAAGAAUUGGCAUAACAAUAUGGUUGACAUUUUAUAUACACAUAUUUAUAAUGAUUGUUGCUUUAUGUUAGGCUAUUGAACUUUUCCAGAGUAUUUCAUUUUUCUUUUCAGAAAUAUUGUGGAUUGUUGCAGAAAAGUGUAGAUUUUUUUUAAACAGGAGGCUGUUGCCUAUUUGAAUCUUGUACUCGGUAAUGAAUAAAAAUGAUUUUCAGGGGCCAAACAUGACUAGUAAAUCCAGAAGUGUCAUACAACUAACUUUGCUCAAUUGAAUUUUUUAAACUAAUAGACAAAGCUAUCAGUCCAGUAUAUCAUUCUAAGAUUUUUAGAGGAAUUUGUAAGCAUGUUUCAAGUAUUUUGCUCAACUCUAUUAAGAUGAGAUAUAGUGAUAAAUGUUUAAUGUCUGGCUUGUUUGUUUGUUUGUUUGUUUGUUUGUUUGUUUGUUUUAAUGUAUCUACAGCUUUCCAAAAGCAACCUCAUACAAUCUUAGAUUGCUCAUGCCAAAUAGUGUUUGUGCCAUGCAAAUUCAAGGAGGUAAAUAUACUGAGGGUGGCACAUUCAAGCCUCCACUGUGGAUAUAUUUUCAACCUCCGGAUAUAACUGAGUUGAAAUGAAUCCCCCAAAGUAGUUGUUUGAAUCGGUCUGAAGACCCUGCAUUUCAGAUAGAGCCACAUUAGGCUAAGACAGUCUUAGUCCAAUGGACUUCCCUGGAUCUUUCCCUAGUUUCAGUCACUUUAAGUAAUCCAGUUACAUUUUCAUUAAGGGCAGAAUUCAUUGAGAUCUCCCACUACCCAAACCCAAUCAGAUAUCUUUAGAAAGCUCUCAAUAAUUUAAGUCAAAUUUAUACUGAAGAUACCAGUAUAUUAAGUUUAUAACCUAAGUAGGCGAACUAUCAAGUGCUAUCAUUUUAAAAGUUGAUUUUUAAAAUGGCCUUACAUUGCUUUGUCAUGUCUACCUUGAUAUUAACAAGAUUUCCCCUAUUCAUAAGCAUUCAUUUUCCCAGUAUUGUUUAUUCCCUGUUGAAGGUGUUACAUUGUACGUACGUAUGUUCAAAUAAUUAUAUAUACAAAUUAUCACAGAAAAUAGCAUCAAGCCCUAAUAUUUGUAUCAUGUUUGGAGUCCUCAGCUGUCAUUUUUGUUAGUUUACAGUGUGCUUUGAGACAAAUCCUUUGAAGUCUAAUUGUAUAGAUACAUGAAGUGGCCUGUUCUGCCUAUGAAAUGAAGCUCUUGACAUAGUUUAAUCUUGGUGCUUAUGCAAUAAGAAUAUGCUCUGUGGAAAAUGGAAGCAAACUUUUUUAUGUCCUAGUAACUUCAAAAAGAUUAGUUGCCUCCUCCCAAUAUAGCUUAACUUUUGAAAAGAAUGUUAUUGAUAGUAAAGUUUUAAACUUUAGCUUUUAGUGUUUAAGUUUGGAUUCUGUCCCCUGGUAGUCCUGUCUUACAACAUCAAUAUUAAAUACACUGUAAAAUGAAAUAAAUGUGGACAAAGUGUAUAUAAGAA